AUGAACGGGGAUAGGCCCAUUGUCAAUGGCGAGCGCAUUUCGAAUGGCGUUCAACACAGCCUCUCGAGUUCAACCUCGGAUGUAGCGCAGGUCAAGGAAGCGCAAACCCUCAAGUCUGUUUCUGCCUCGACUCACGAAUACUCGGCACUUUCAAUCAAUGGCCAGCAUGUCGCAGGGCGAAUUUCCGGCGCCAACGCUGGGCGAGAUAUCGCAAAUGGCCUUGAGCAAGCGCCUCAGGAAAUCCUACAAUUGGUACCCAAAGACAGUUAUCUUCCAAUGGCCACGCUGAUAAGUCGGGCUUCUCAAACCUGUUGGAAUGGCCUGGUCGACCUCGUUGGACAGCUAGCCGAAAUUCAAGUACCUCAACUUCCUCCGGAACAGACCAAGACCUUGGCGAAUAACCUCCCGAAUAAUCAGACAAAACCAAACCUGGACAAGAAAGAUCGGUUGAUGAAAUUUGCCAAUGAGCAGAAGGCCGACUUUAUUAAACUUCUGGUGCUCCUAGACUGGAGCAAGAAUGUGGACCAAGUCAGCAAGACCAUUUCAAUCAACUUCUGGUUGAUGCGCCGCCGACAGGCCUAUUGGAGUGUCAUAUCGUCCCUAGCAUUCCUCAAGCAAGACUCUGCAGGAUUUCAGGUUCCCAAUCCCGAUCUCAAGGUAGCCGCAGAGGUUCUCUCGAAAGGAAAGGUUAACAAAUUUCCUACGUUGGGCUACGUGCCGCAAAAGGAUCUUUCCGACAAGCAGAUUCUCCGGCUGCUAAGAAACUUGGACCACGCAUUGAGUGUCAAACUCUCUCUGGCCACCGACCUACCCGCACAGCUUCGUCGAUUUCGUGUUCACGACGGCCGUGCGACUUUUACGGUCUCCAACGAGUUUGAGCUUGAUGUUUCAAUACUAAGUGAGGCUGAAGGUGCACAAUUUCGCAUGGUGGAUUUUCGAUUUCUCUUCUCGCCGGCUCCUUCCGUCAAUGAUGCAUUACACUCGGAGAUCGAGCGCCUUGCGAAUAGCAAUAUCGACCGAGAUGGACUUAACGGUUGUUACAUGUUUCUUCACGAGCUAACUUUAUCCUACAAACUGGCCGAAUAUCACCGACAAGCUCUGGAGCUGUCUAGAGGUCAAUGGGCUGGAAAUUUGCGCGUGGAAAUGAUUCGCAGAAAUCUUGUCAUACAAUACUGGACCGAAAGACAUUCAACCAAGAGCUGGAUCGAAUUCGGUAUCUCAAGCGGGCGAGACGUCGAGCACACGACUGGAGCAGACCCUGUCCCAAGUCUUGAGGUAAAAUGGAUGCGCCAAGGCAGAAAGGUUGAUGCUCUGCAAUUGUGGUUCGACGAUUCCAGACUUUCGUUCGAGGAUAUACUUCGCCAAAUCACUGCGCAGCAUUCCACACAGCUACUUGAUAGCAUCUACGACAAAUUGAUCCUUGCACCUUUGUUUGCAGAAGGUGAACUAGCAUUGCAACAAGAUUCGUCGGAAGAUGACCCUGAUGAAUGCUCUCUAACGAUGCAAUUAUCCCGGAAUUCAGAACUCUCACUCAAUGUGGAUGCAGUUAGCGGAAGUCUGGUGGUGAGCCCUGUCAGCGAACGGAGUGAACGACUGCAGUACGAGAUUAACCGUGUGCAUAAUGCGGCGGAUGAAGUAGUGUCCAAACUAUUGAAUUUUAGAUGCAGUGUCAUGGAAGCUGCAACUCUUGCUGCACUGGCAGGUACAAGCUGGAAAUCAUUACCUGCCUUCCGGCUCACGCAUGCUGAAAUCAAGACACUGUUCGGGCCGUCGGUUAUACGAAUUAACCUUGUGCGGCAGGUUCAAUGGGGUCUGAGAUUUUUCCUAGCGGUAACUCAUGGACAGAACGAGGACAAAUGGUGGUUACUGCAGCGGACAUCAACCACACAUGCCAUUUCACAGGCUCAAUUCCAAAUCCUCAGCAGCCAAACAAUCGACGUCAAGGAACGGUUGAGUCCAGCGUAUUUCGAAAGGCUUGCGGACUAUGCGACUGGUCUUAUCUGCCUGCAGCGCAACGUCGACUUUCUGCGGGAUGCCAAAGCCAAGUUUGACCUUCCUUCUUUCCCAAUCUUCGAGCAGAAUUAUGCGCUCCCAGAAUUGACAUUUGAGCUGGACGUGUCUAAGCCGACCUUUGCGGGCCAAUUGCAUGCUGCACAAGGUUCCAUCCUACCACCACCUGCACCGACACCGGCAGCCUCCCCUGCACCAUACAAACGUAUUAGACUGCAAUUCGGAGGGAUUGACCGAGCCAUGGGUCGUGUUCUGACCGUUGCCAAAAUUCAAGAUGGUGCAAGCAAGCGAAUCCUUCAGCGCCUGGACAAGUCCAUGCUAGGAGAUAAUGUCAGUCUUGAUUCAAAGAGUGGAGCGUUGACCAUUCAUGUACAAAAUUCGACAUCUGAAGCGGCAGUCCCUGCUAUUAUCGACAAAGCCAUGAACCUGGAGAAGAGUCUUGCCAUCAUGGAGCAAAUUUAUCGCCUGCCAGCGGUGAAGUUGAAGGCUAUCUCGAAAUCCUCUUUUACUGUCUCCUACCAUGAUGAUGGCCCAACAGAACUUGGUGUAAAGAUCACGAUUGAACCAGCAUCACCAAUACCUAAGCUCGAAUUUUACCCACCUGACACCAAUCCGCAUGUACAUCUUGCUUCGCAGUAUGCCAAACUCUUCCAGUCGUCACGAGUUCCUUUUUCGGCGAAGAUCGGCGACUUUAUGACCUCUUUAAUAUUGACCUAUCCAAUGGCAGCAUAUUUACAGAGUCUCCAGGGAAGACACGGGCUGGAUGCGAAACCUCAGCACGCAACAGCAGAAAAAUCAGAGUCGGAUAUUCGAGUGCAUGUCCUUGUCAGAGGUGUGGCCGCGUGGGCGGUCCAAUACUUUACUACACGAGCACAAGCUCCUCCUGAUGUCGGGACGCAAUCGCAACCACAUCUACUGGCACGGCUGGAAAUUGUGCAACACGUUAGCACGUCCAAUAAACCUAUGUGGUUAGUCCGAGCUGCACUCGAGGAUUUCCAGUCCUACUCGAGGCCAUCAUAUGUUACCCCAGCUCUACGCACAAAACUGCGUCAGGAAAUCUUUGCACGAUCUGAUAAUCAAUCGAGGUGGCUUGCACUUGACAACGCUGCAGCAUGUCAAGCAGACAAGCCUGAGCCUCUUCUCUCCUCGAUUCACGAAGUCAUGUGUGCGUGGGUCAAACAGCCUCCAGAACCAACUGCAGCCACUGUCCAGAUCCUCCAGGCAAGGAAAAAAUCUGCUGCGGGGCAAGAUAAUGUUCCGAAUGGCACAAACAGACCCAAAGCGGGAGGCAAGCUACAGACAACGGGGAUUCCCAUGCCUAAUGGAUCGAUGAAACAACGGCCUUCGGUCUCCAAUUCGAGCAGAGGUGGAAAGGGACCUUCAGGCAUUUCCAGAAACUCCGAGGUCAUCACGCUGGAUUGA